AUGGAUGAUGCUGCAAUCCUUAAAAAGAGAGGCUAUGUCUUGGGAAUCAAUCUGGGAGAAGGGUCAUACGCUAAAGUGAAAUCUGCCUACUCUGAUAGACUGAAAUUCAACGUGGCUGUGAAGAUAAUCAACAAGAAAAAAGCUCCUCAUGACUUCCUGGAAAGAUUUCUCCCCAGGGAAAUAGAGAUUCUGGCCAAAGUGAAUCACCGUGCAAUUGUCAAGACCUUUGAGAUUUUUGAGACAUCUGAUGGCAAAGUCUACAUCGUGAUGGAGCUUGGCGUACAAGGAGACUUAUUGGAGUUCAUCAAGAGCAGAGGGGCCAUCUCUGAGGAUGUAGCUCGCAAGAUGUUUCGCCAGCUGUCUUCUGCCAUCAAGUACUGCCACGAUUUGGAUGUAGUCCACAGGGAUUUGAAAUGUGAGAACCUCCUUCUAGACAAAGACUUUAAUAUCAAACUGUCAGACUUUGGCUUUUCCAGACGACUGACUCGAGAUGAAAAAGGCAAAGUUAUUCUCAGUAAAACCUUCUGUGGUUCUGCUGCGUAUGCAGCCCCUGAAGUGUUACAGGGCAUUCCCUAUGAGCCUAAGAUUUAUGACAUAUGGAGUCUGGGUGUCAUUCUGUUUAUAAUGGUCUGCGGAUCAAUGCCUUACGACGACUCAAACAUUGGAAAAAUGCUAAAGAUUCAGAAAGAACACAGAGUGCACUUUUCCAACUCCAAAAGCUUGACAGUUGAGUGCAAAGAUCUUAUUUACCGCAUGCUGCAGCCAGACGUGGCUCGGAGGUUGCACAUAGAGGAAGUUUUUAAUCACAAGUGGCUGCAGACUCCAAAACCCAGAGUUCCUUUGGCAACUUCAUUUGUAAAAGAGGGAGAGUGUUCUCAGAAGCUCAGAGAGUUGAAGUCAGAGCACAGACAGGAAAUAGAGCGCGUGGGGGAAUCUAAGGCAGAUCGACCAGAUUACAAAACUGAGUUUAAAGCAGUGCCCAGAUUGGAAGCAGUAGCGGAAGCAGAGGAUGCCAUUCCCGAGGAAGAGCAAGCAGAAGUUAAUGAUGUUACAGAUCACAUGCAAAAAAUAGGUAUCAAAAAUGGUGAUGAUUAA